AAUGACGAAUUCAAGACAAGUGAGCAAGGGUUUUUAAAAGUCUUCAAACAGAAUCAGUACAAAAGUUGUUUUCCGCUGAUUCACACCGAAUAAUACUGCUACCCCGCGCUGAUGACAUGACUGCUCAAAAAUUCUGCUCAAGUCUCGCGUGGUUCUCUCUGCUCUUCCCCGGUCUCUCUCCGCCUCUGCCAACCCCUCCAGUCUCUCUGUCCCAGCCUGUCAGUGCCGUAGCUAGUAUCGGAGGUUAACAAUCCUCCCCUAGACCCAGAGAGCGACCCAGCCUGCCGUGAACCUGACCGAGGCUUGGAGCCCACUCUCAGCCAUGGCUACUACUAUCGUUACCUCCACCCGCUUUACAGACGAAUACCAACUCUACGAGGAGCUCGGGAAGGGAGCGUUUUCAGUGGUGCGAAGAUGUGUGAAGAAGUCAUCAGGUCAGGAGUUUGCCGCCAAAAUCAUCAACACCAAGAAACUCUCCGCCAGAGAUCACCAGAAGCUGGAACGAGAGGCGCGUAUCUGCCGCCUGCUCAAACACUCAAACAUAGUGAGGCUACAUGACAGUAUCUCAGAGGAAGGCUUUCACUACCUUGUCUUUGACCUGGUGACAGGAGGAGAAUUGUUUGAAGACAUCGUUGCUAGGGAGUACUACAGCGAGGCCGACGCCAGUCAGUGUAUUAACCAGAUCUUGGAGAGUGUUCAACAUAUCCACCAGCAUGACAUCGUCCACAGGGACCUCAAGCCUGAGAACCUGCUCCUGGCCAGUAAGAUGAAGGGAGCAGCGGUGAAGUUGGCAGACUUUGGCCUGGCCAUCGAGGUGCAGGGGGACCAACAGGCAUGGUUCGGUUUCGCAGGCACCCCUGGUUACCUGUCCCCUGAGGUCCUGAGGAAGGACGCCUACGGCAAGCCUGUGGACAUAUGGGCCUGUGGUGUUAUUCUGUAUAUCUUGUUGGUGGGCUAUCCUCCAUUCUGGGAUGAAGACCAACACAAACUCUACCAGCAGAUCAAGGCUGGGGCCUAUGAUUUUCCCUCUCCAGAGUGGGACACUGUUACUCCAGAGGCUAAGAACCUUAUUAAUCAGAUGUUGACUAUUAAUCCUUCCAAGAGAAUCACUGCUGAUCAGGCUCUCAAACAUCCAUGGAUCUGCCAACGUUCCACCGUGGCGUCUAUGAUCCACAGACAGGAGACAGUGGAAUGUCUGCGCAAGUUCAACGCUCGGAGGAAACUCAAGGGAGCGAUCCUCACCACCAUGCUGGUGUCCAGAAACUUCUCAGUGGGCCGGCAGCAUACCAACCCUGCUGCUGUGUCCUCCACCGCCUCGCUGGCGCAGGAAGCAUGCAAAAGUUUACUUAACAAGAAGGCGGAUGCUGCUAAGCCUACGACCAACAACAACAGUAAGAACAGCAUAGUGAGUGCCAUCAAUGCCAUGAAGGACAACAGCAUGGCCGCCGCACAAAUGGAAUCUCAAAAUACAGUGGUUGCUGCUGAUGGGGUCAAGGGUUCUACAGAGAGUAGCAACACAAAUGAGGAUGAGGAUAUGAAAGACAGCGUUGUGAUGAUGAGUCAGGGAAGUGCUACAGACGAGAUGCCUUCUCUUCUGACCUCGUCUGACAACUCGCCUGCCACCGUUCCUCUGCAUGACGUAAAGCGCAUGGCGUGGAACGGCUCUGAUCAAGGCUCCAACCCCGAGUCGGAGCACGCUCAGUCUGCUCCGCCCAACGCUCCACUAGGGAGCCACACUGUCCCUGUAACAGCCAAUACCACAGCACAGCACACUCGUAAGCAGGAGAUAAUCAAGAUAACUGAACAGCUGAUUGAAGCUGUAAACAAUGGAGACUUUGAGGCCUACACGAGGAUCUGUGAUCCAGGUCUGACGUCCUUUGAGCCUGAAGCUCUGGGGAAUCUGGUGGAGGGAAUGGACUUCCACAAGUUCUACUUUGAAAACUUGCUGAGUAAGAACAGUAAGCCUGUCCACACCACCCUGCUGAACCCCCACGUUCAUCUGAUUGGAGAGGAGGCUGCCUGCAUCGCCUACAUCCGCCUUACACAAUUCGUCGAUGGCCAGGGCCGCCCCCGCUCCAGCCAAUCGGAGGAGACCAGGGUGUGGCAUCGCCGCGACAGCAAGUGGCUCAACGUCCAUUUCCACUGCUCUGGUGCUCCGGCCGCACCCCUGCAGUGAUCUGGUGUACAAACACUCCAGUCGGAGUGUGAGUUUUUUGGGGCGUGUUUUCGGCUAGUGUGUUUUGGCGGCGUGUCCUCUUUGUGGAUUGGCCCAUGCCAGGUGCCCGGCCGGGCAAGACUGCACCCUCUCUGCAACACCAACCAAUCCCGUCUAUCCUUUGAUCCGCUGGGGGCCGGCCGAGUGUGGACUCCGCCCCUGUGGGAAUGAUGCAUGCAUCUGACGCCCAAUAGGAGGGCUUGUCCUUUGACCUCUGACCCCUCCCACCCGGCAGCCAUUUUGUCUCCCGUCCACGGCAGCCAUUUUGAGAUGAUGAGAGGAGCGGGGGGAGGAAUGGAGGGUUAAUGAACUUGUAAUGCCAGAUAUGACAAUGAGUUGUAAGUAUACAGGAUAAUAUAUGACUAGUAUCAGACAACACCCAACCCUACCAAGCAUUUAUAUAUACGUCGAAUGAGAGGAGAGGAGAAUGUGUGUGAUUUGUAAGAGGUGACAUGUUGGGUUUUGUAAAUGGAGAAUUCCCUAUCAGAAUUCUGAACGGAAGGACAGUCGGUUCGAUCAGAAAAGAUGUAAUAACUUGAUGUGAGGAAACACCAAAGUGUACAACUGUAGGCUUUUUACACCUUUCUGUGUUUUCUGCUGGUUUAGUUUUUUUUUGAGAGAAGGGAAGGUAGGGAGGGGGGUGCAUUCGAGAGUAAUUUUGUUUCUGUUGUGUUUUUAGCCUUGUGUUUACGUUGCGUUUCUGUGGACUGUGUCUGGGUCUGUUUGAGACGAAUUGUAAGUGACUGAGUUUUAAAAGGGGUUUUAUUGUAAAAGUGAAGCUGCAGUGUGUAUGGCCUGUCUUUUAUCUGACUGCAGUGGGAGAGAGGGACUUUUGGGGAAAAGGCGUCUGCAUUUUGCAUGUUUUCUCUCGCUCUCUCCCUUUCCUCACCCCUCUCCAUUUCACACUCCCACCCUCUGUCUGUGUUUUAGAUGGUGUGUGUGUGUGUGUGUGUAUGUAAGUCUGAGACUCAUUCAGAGGCACGACAAAGGGGUGAACAUCAUCUGGUCACACACACCAGCCGUAGUCCCAUGGCCAUGUUCCUGACCCCAUUUUGACAUGACCUCUAACGUCUACAUGUGGUUGACACCGUGUGACGAUCCACAAGGGCGCUCACACGUCAACACGCGCACGUCUCCCGCCCAAAUUCUUAUUCUAUCCUCACAUCCUGAGCCUCCAGUCUCACACGUCAACGCGCGCACGUCUCCCGCCCAAAUUCUUACUCUAUCCUCACGUCCUGAGCCUCCAGUCUCACACGUUCUGUGUAAAUGCAUAUCGUGAACACACUUGCUCACACCUACACAUUCUGGUGUGUCAGGCGUUGUAACAUAUCUUCACCGCUGUACUGUCUCCAUGGUGACACCCUGGUAGUGUGUUUUCAUCCGUUCUUCGUGCGGUGUCCCUCCAUCAGUAACAGUGUCCUUCAUUCUCCCCAUUUUGUAGAGCGGUGUCUGUUUCUCUGUUUGGAUGUCUCUCUCUGUGUGUCUGUCUGUCUCCUGGUUUGGGUUUUGUUGACAAUGUUUUUGUUUACUGUUUGCUGUUUGCAAAGUUCUGCACUCUAUAUUAUAUAUAUAUAUAUAUCUAUAUCUCACACACACACUAAAGUUACACCAACUUUUUAACUGAUCAGACUAGCUGGUUAUAAUAUCACAGGGAAGGAAGGGACUUAAUCAAGAUCAGUUGCUGAGGUUCGAAAUCUGUUACACACACACACACACAGGGAAAAGGGAAUAGAGGGUGAACGUGGAGACAACAUAAUCAAUUAAAAUGAACAGUAAAUGUAUUCAUUUAAUUUCACCCCCUCAGUGGUAUUUCAGUCCUUAUAUUGGCCAUUCAGGUGACAGAAGAGCGGUAGAGAGUUCAGAGAUCACAUAAUUAUCUGUGGAUUUAAACCAGAGAGAGAUGUAUGCAUGUUUUCAGUUUAAGCAUCUCCACCGUGCACCUACCUGAACUAGGGUAGAGGACAGGGUAUAUGCUAACAAUAUCAUAUUUGCAUCUUUUGAAAUAAAAAUGAAAAACCUGCCUCCAUCCAGAAUAUUGAAUAGGUGACAUGAGAUUAAAAAAAUAAAACUAUUUAAUUACAAAAAGGAUUGAGGAGCCUUGGCUUGUUAUGAAGCUCAUUGUCAGUACUCUCCCUGCGUUGUGAUGUUAACCUGUCGGCCUGCGCUUUCUUUCCCCAGUAGUCGUUGGACGCUGGAGUUUUUUUUUUUUUUUUUGCAUGAUCAUUAUGUACGGUAAAAUAAAACCAUGAAUUGAGGACGAUCACGUGUUUGUCUCAAUGUUAGUAGGUCCUUUAUCAUAGCUUUGUUAUUCAACUUGGAUCUUGAAAGUAUUUAAUAAAAAUAUUUCAGCACCU